AUGUCCCAGGGGAUUAGUGCUCGCCCAUCGCCUGGGCUCUGCAUCCCGCGGGCCAUCGGAGUGAUACAGGCUGUGUGCUCCCGGCUGGGGGUGGCUUUCUCCUCUCGGCAGUACGGCGUCGGUGCCUGCAGGCCUUUGGGUGAGAAAUUACUUGAUGGGCAGUGCCUGGCUGCGCAGCUGGCGUGCGAGCGGAGAUACUUCAGGUGGUGGUACAAGAAGACACGCAUAGAGAAGAAAUCUGCCUUCAUUGACCUCUUGUGUGCCGUUCCUCUGCAGCAGAUCUAUGGGUGCCCGCUGGGCGGGAUCGGGGGAGGCACCAUCACCCGUGGCUGGCGGGGCGAGUUCUGCCGCUGGCAGCUGAACCCUGGCAUUUAUCACUACGAAACGGUCAUCGCCGACCAGUUCACGGUGUGCCUGCGUUGCAAGGGGCAGACGGUUUACCAGCAGGUCCUGUCCGUGGAGAGACCUAGCACUCUGCAGGGCUGGAACUGGGGCUACUGUGGCCACUAUGCCUUCUACCAUGCCCUGUACCCCCGUGCCUGGAUGGUCUACGAGCUCCCGGGGCAAAACGUGGUGCUCACGUGCCGCCAGGUCUCUCCUGUCAUCCCCCAUGACUAUAAGGACUCCAGCCUGCCGGUGGGAGUGUUCAUCUGGGAGGUGGAGAAUGGGAGGGAUGAGGACGUGGACGUCUCCAUCAUGUUCAGCCUGCAGAACGGCACGGGAACGAAGGAGGACAGAAGUGGAGGGCACUGGAACGAGCCCUUUGCCUUCGAGAAGGAGGGCGAGCGCGUUGCUGGAGUCCUGCUGCACCACUGCACACGUGUGAACCCCUUCACCCUCGCCAUCUCUGCCCGGGAGAAGGCUGGCACGAGAGUCACCCACCUCACAGCAUUCAAUCCCACGGGAUCGGGUAGAGAGGUGUGGCAGGACCUCCUGCAGGACGGCAGGCUGGAUUCCCCCGCCGGUGAAAGUAGGCCGACGGAGAAGGGGGAGGUGACGGCAGCAGCGGUGUGUGCCAGCUGCAGGGUGCCUGCCCAGGGUCACAGGACGCUGGAGCUGGCCCUGGCUUGGGACAUGCCCCGUGUUCACUUUGGCUCUAAGGAGAAGCUGCACUUCAGGCGGUACACCCGUUUUUUUGGCAGUGGAGGCGAUGCCGCUCCUGCCCUGUCACAUCAUGCCCUGACGCACUACGAGGAGUGGGAGAGGAAGAUCGAAGCCUGGCAGAAGCCCAUCCUGGAGAACAGCCAGCUGCCUUCCUGGUACAAGUCGGCCCUCUUCAACGAGCUGUACUUCGUGACGGAUGGGGGGACCAUCUGGGUGGAGCUGCCCCCGGACUGCUGUGCCGAGGACCUGCGGGGGCCGGCGGGGGCUGGCCUCUCCCACCUCCUCCCUGUCCUGCGGGAGUACGGAAGGUUUGCUUAUUUGGAAGGCCAGGAGUACCGGAUGUACAACACCUAUGAUGUCCACUUCUACGCCUCCUUUGCUCUCGUCAUGCUGUGGCCCAAGCUGCAGAUCAGCCUGCAGUAUGACAUUGCUGUCACAGUGGUGAAUGAGGACGUCCAGCCCCGGCAGUACUUGAUGUGUGGUCAGACAGCCCAGGUGAAGCUGAAGAACGUGGUGCCACAUGACAUUGGGGACCCAGGUGACGAGCCGUGGCAGCGUGUCAAUGCCUACCUGAUGCACGACACGGCUGACUGGAAGGACCUCAACCUGAAGUUUGUGCUGCAGGUGUACCGUGACUACUGCCUGACACAAGACUCCGUGUACUUGCGGGACAUGUGGCCAGUCUGCCAGGCUGUAAUGGAGUCGGAGCUCAAGUUUGAUACAGAUAAUGAUGGGCUCAUCGAAAAUGGUGGCUUUGCUGACCAGACAUACGAUGCAUGGGUGGUAAAUGGCGCCAGCGCGUACUGCGGCGGGCUGUGGCUGGCAGCUGUCUGCAUGAUGUGCAAGAUGGCGGAGGUGCUCGGGGAUGCUGAGAUCCGGCAGAAAUACACGGACAUACUGAGCAAGGGCAAGGAGGCAUUUGAGAGGAUGCUUUGGAAUGGAAAAUACUACAACUAUGAUAGCAGUGGGAGUGACACCUCCAGCAGCAUCAUGUCAGACCAGUGUGCUGGGCAGUGGUUUCUCGGGGCUUGUGGUCUGGACCAAGGGGAGUUUGAGGUCUUCCCCAAGAGUCAUGUUGUCAGUGCACUCAAGACCAUCUUUGAGAAGAACGUCAUGAGCUUUGCUGGUGGCACCAUGGGAGCGGUGAAUGGCAUGAGGCCCAACGGGGUGCCCGACACCUCCAGUGUGCAGUCUGAUGAAGUGUGGAUCGGCGUGGUCUACGCCUUGGCUGCCACCAUGAUCCAGGAGGGGCUGGUUGAAGAAGGCUUUCAUACGGCGGAGGGCUGCUACCGGACAGUUUGGGAACGGCUGGGCAUGGCUUUCCAGACACCGGAGGCCUAUCGGGAGAAGAAAGUCUACCGCUCGUUGGCUUACAUGCGGCCCCUUAGCAUCUGGAGCAUGCAGCUGGCCCUGGAGCGCAGAGCUAGCCAGGCACCAGCACCCACGCAGUCCCCCCAGGUUCCCAUCCACCCUUGAGCCUGGUGGCACUGAGCAGGGCAGCGGGUGCACCGGGGCACUAGGGGGGGCCUCAGCUGGUGGGCAGGGACCCUUCCCUCCCCCUCUUUGAUAAUUCUCACAUUGCUGUUUUCCUUCCCUACCUCCACUACAUGCCCUUUACCUCAGGGGGUUUCCAGCCACCGAUGCUGAGCACGAGGGGGGACCAGAGGUGCAGGUGAUCUCUCCUCGGAGAGGAGAGGGGUGGGAUAAGGAGGCACUGCUGGAGCCUGUGCCUCCCCUUCCCCAUCGCUCAGGGCUCUGAUAGCCUGCAGGACCCUCAACCAUCCUCCACCAGAGCUGAUACCUUGCCCAGGAGCGCAGCACAGGACCUUCCUGCGGGUAAGGUGGGAGCUGGCCUGCAGGGCAAAAAAAUGUGUGGGUGUAUGUGUGUGAGGACACUUGGACUGGUGCACCCAGGCAGGUGGAUGCUGUAGCUGUCUCUCUGUUGUGUGACGCUGCAAACACAGGCUGGUUCUGCUCUAGGCACCAGCCCUGGGAGAGCCUGUGGCAGAUACAAUCCCCAGGGGAGCCCCGGCUCCCUGGCCAGUGACAAUCGGAGCCCAAGGGGCAGGUCCUGGUCUGGUACCGUGGCACCCUUCCCUGCUGGCGCCAGGGGCAGGCAGCGGAGCACGUUUUAGAAGAUGAAUCAUUUUAAGUUCUUAAUAAAUUUGUU